UCAGGAAAAUCCAAGAUGGCUGCCAAGCGCAAAGGCGGCCUGAAGCUAAAUGCAAUCUGUGCCAAGCUCAGCCGCCAGGUGGUCUUCGAUCAUGGGGGAUCGGAACAGGUGCGGUUGGACAAGGGUCCCCAGAGGGAAAGCGGCAACAAGGAACCGCCCCAGCCUGAGACCAAGGAGCUGGGGGCCAAGUUUUCUGAUGGACUUAACCGUGUUCAGAAGAUAGAGGAGGACAAGCGGAGGGAGGUGAUUGAGAAGUGGGUGAACGGGGAGUACAAUGACGAGACCCUGCUGGGCCGAGCAGAGGGCAAGGAAUGUAAGGCCACCGAGAGCGUGGAGGUGCCCCCCGAAGGGGUUUACAUGGUACAGCCCAAGGGCUGCAGCGAUGAAGAAGAUAAUGGGGACAAUGCAGAUGGCAGCUUCCCGGACGACAGGGAUUCGGAUGGGCCUGCCUCCAAGGAUGAAAGUUACCGACCUUCCAGCGCCCAGACAGGCUCCAAGCUGGCUGGAGGAGCUGCCUCAGGGGAAGCUUCGUCCCUGCGCGAUUACGCUGCCACCACCAUGAACGAGUUCCUGGGCAUGUUUGGCUACAACGACCAGAACAUGCGGGAUGAGCUGACCCGCAAGAUCAGCUUCGACAAGCUGAAUGCUGCUACCUCAGAGGCCUCCUCUGCCACUGCCUCCCUCCCUGGUGAGGAUGCCAUGAGCAAGCGAGCCCGCUUCUCCAAGUACGAGGAGUAUAUCCGCAAGCUCAAGGCCGGCGAGCAGCUCUCCUGGCCCAUCCACCCGGCCAAGUCUGAGGAGCUGAGCUCCAAGCUGGGCAAGGAGGCUUCAUCAGUGCUGAUGCAGCCCAUCCGAGCACUGCCGGGGCCUGAUGCCACCCUGCUAACAGAGACCAAAGCCACCAUACUGCCCUUGCCCUCUCCGAGCAGCUCCCAGAUGCAAGGCCUGAUGUCGCGGGCCUCCAAGUACGACUUCUUCAUCCAGAAGCUGAAGACGGGUGAGAGCAUCAGGCCGCAGAACGGCAACACCUACAAGAAGACCUCCAAGUAUGACCUGGAGAACGUGAAGUACUUGCAUCUCUUUAAGCCCGGCGAGGGCAGCCCAGAUAUGGGAGGGGCCAUUGCCUUUAAGACAGGCAAGGUGGGCCGGCCUUCCAAGUACGAUGUGAGGAACAUCCAGAAGCUCACUCCAGUCAAGGCUCCAACACCCAGCCUGGCCCCCAACCCUCUCGCCAGUACCCCCAGCAGUGCUCCAGUGGCUGGGCCCGAGCAGCCCGUCUCCUUGCCGUUCAACACCCCUGAGUACCUGAAGUCGACCUUCUCCAAGACGGACUCCAUCACGACCGGGACCGUCUCUACGGUCAAGAACGGAUUACCCACUGACAAACCAGCUGUCACCGAAGAUGUAAAUAUUUACCAGAAAUAUAUUGCCAGGUUCUCUGGGAGUCAGCACUGCGGACACAUACACUGUGCAUACCAGUACCGGGAACAUUACCACUGCCUCGAUCCGGAGUGCAACUAUCAGAGAUUCACUAGUAAACAGGAUGUGAUUCGACAUUACAACAUGCACAAGAAACGUGAUAACUCCCUCCAGCACGGCUUCAUGCGCUUCAGCCCCUUAGAUGACUGCAGCGUGUACUACCAUGGCUGUCACCUGAAUGGGAAAAGCACACACUACCACUGCAUGCAGGUGGGCUGUAACAAGGUCUAUACCAGCACCUCUGAUGUGAUGACCCACGAAAACUUCCACAAGAAGAACACGCAGCUGAUCAACGAUGGGUUCCAGCGGUUCCGAGCCACAGAAGACUGUGGCACCGUGGACUGUCAGUUCUAUGGGCAGAAAACCACUCACUUCCACUGCAGGCGACCUGGGUGUACGUUCACUUUCAAGAACAAGUGUGACAUCGAGAAGCACAAGAGCUACCACAUCAAGGACGACGCCUACGCCAAGGACGGCUUCAAGAAGUUCUACAAGUAUGAGGAGUGCAAGUACGAGGGCUGCGUCUAUAGCAAGGCCACCAACCACUUCCACUGUAUUCGGGCGGGCUGUGGCUUCACUUUUACCUCCACCAGCCAGAUGACCUCCCACAAGCGCAAGCACGAACGCCGGCACAUCCGCAGCUCGGGGGUGUUGGGCCUCCCCACCUCCCUCUUGGGAGCCAAGGAUAACGAGCAGGAGGAGUCCAGCAACGAUGACCUCAUUGACUUCUCUGCCAUGAGCUCUAAGAACUCCAGCCUGAGUGCCUCCCCUACCAGUCAGCAGUCUUCCGUCUCCCUGAUCGUCCCGGCUGCGCCUUCUUCCGCUGCUGAGCUUGCCUCCUCUCAGGCCUGCAAGCCCACCAACAGCAUGCCACCGGCCACCAAGAUCUCCGGCCUGCUCUCCCAGGCCCUCCCCAGCAAUAUACCUUUGGCCCUGGCGCUCGCCAACUCAGCACUUCCCGGAACGGCCAGCUCCUACUUCCCCAUCAUCCCCAGCCGGGUCUCCACGCCACAUCCCGCCAGCUCAGCCAAUCUAAUGACUGCUGGUUCCUCCAGCACCAAUCCAACAUCCUCUACUGCUGCCAAUUCCCCCUCCCAAGCCGUCUCAGGGUCCAGUGAGCCGACAGCCACCUCUUCCCCAGGUCCAGCAGCAUCCAUUAUGGAGAGGAUCUCUGCCAGCAAAGGAUUGAUCUCACCCAUGAUGGCCAGGCUGGCAGCGGCGGCCCUCAAGCCAUCCAUGGCGCUCGAAGCAGGGAACGGGCAACUGAUGACUCCCGGACGGUUCAAUCCAGUUCAAAUGAAGCAGGAGCCCGUGGAGAGUGUGGUAUCCUCAUCCCCGGCGACCCAGGUUUCCUUGCAGGAGCACAGCCUGGACCUGAGCGUGAAAGAUCAUGGUAAUGAAUCAAAUGGCCACACAGUCUCAGCAAAUUCAUCUCUUUUAUCCUCGCUUAUGAAUAAGAUGAACCAGGCCAAUGCCAGCCUUGGCAGCCUGCCAAGCUUGAAGACAGAAGGAGAUGGCAACCAGGCAGGGGCUGGUGAGCCAACGCAAUACCUGGGCAAAGCAGUGAAGGCGCUUGUUCAGGAGAAACUCUCUGAGCCCUGGAAGAUGUACUUGCGCAGGUUUGGUACCAAGGAUUUCUGUGACGCCCACUGCGACUUCCUCCAUAAAGUGCAUUUCCACUGCGUGGUGGAGGAAUGUGGUGCCCUCUUCAGCACCUUGGAUGGGGCCAUCAAACAUGCCAAUUUUCACUUCCGAACAGAGGGUGGAGCUGUGAAAGGAAACUCUGAGUCUCCCUUCCCAAGUGCUGCAGAAACCAAGACUUCCUUGGCCCCCUCAUCGCCAUCCACUACUUCCAUCACUAUGGCAAGCGCUCCCACCCUGGAUGUGCCCACUCCGAGCCCAGCGACUGUGCCCUCUGCCCCCACAUUGCUAGCUUGGAAGCAGCUGGCUUCCACCAUACCCCAGAUGCCUCAGAUCCCAGCAUUGGUGCCUAACCUGGCAACUUCACCCUUGGCAACGACUUCCCUAGAGAACGCCAAGCCUCAGGUCAAACCUGGAUUCCUUCAGUUCCAGGAGAAGUGA